UCCAUUUUCCUUCGUUUUCCCGAGAAAGUGGAACAAAACGGAGAUUGGAAAUCAGGAACGCAAAACAAGAAAAUCCCGAAAACGCGAUUAGGUCCACAAGUUGCAUUCUCGCAAUACCCAAUUGCUCUGUAUUUUCCAUGAUCUUUUCAUUCUUCUAUUUUUAUAGAUAUUUACGAAUCUCAAUUUUCUCGUUCUGAAUCCAAACCCGAUUCGAUUUCUGGCCAAUACCCAUUUGAAUUAACGCAAAACACGACAAUCUGAAAAGGGUUUGGGUUGUUGAUUCGAUAGAUUGAGAUGAAAAUGGAAAGGUGGAAAGAGCAAAACAAUGAGUAUUACGAUAAUUUAAUGUGUGAUUAUGAUCGAGAGGUACCCAGUAGAGAGCGUAGUCCUCCAUUGUCUUCAUCUCCUUCUAGACUUGGCUACAUCGAGCACCCUAUUUCCAAAUUGGACACCUUGGUUGGCAUCGCAAUCAAGUAUGGUGUUGAGGUUGCGGACAUCAAAAAGAUGAAUGGCCUUGUUACAGACCAUCAGAUGUUUGCGCUUAAAACUCUCCACAUUCCACUACCGGGAAGGCACCCUCCAUCUCCUUGUUUAUCAAAUGGUUCCAGUACUACAGGAUAUGGCAACUCUGAUUACAGUCCACCUGAUCAUGCAAACCGUGAACUGCUUGGAUCAUUCCAGUCCCUGAGAAUGAAGUCUUCAGAGUGGAAGGUCUCUCCAGCCAUGAACUCAUUACAGGGUUACUAUGGACUUAAAGCGACCUCUGGUUCCUCAGAAAAUGAUUCAUUCUCCACGAACUCACCUAUGUCUGGUCGACCACUGACUCAUCACCGGAAAUCCAAGAGUUUGGUCAAUGUAAUUAUGGAAGAGAUUAUGGAAAAGUUUGAUAUCGAACCAGCUGCAGAAACCAGGGAAGUUGACACCAAUAAAUGGAAUGACAAACAUUCCAGGAGGCGUCUGAAAUCUGAAGCUGACUUUACCAAGAUACCAGAGUUGGUUUUGAGGGAGGAUAAUAGCAGCAAUGGUGUUCUUCCAUCAAAAAAAGGAAAAGGCUUAGCUCUGAGACAGAAAGCAGUAACCCGAACUGCAGUGACAACUGAUUCUGAAUCAAGUGGUUUGAAUCCUGUCCUAAAUGGUAUUAUGGGGGAUGCUUUUAUAGCUGAAGGUUCAUCUGGUGUGAGGAAAUCAUCAAGUACAUCAUGUUUACAAGAGCAGGAUAACAAUGGCUCCUCAUCCAUUUGGCCAACCUCAAUGUGGAGUUUGAAACCAGACUUACAGGCCUUUUCAACUGCAGCCAUUGCAAAACCAAUCUUUGAUAGCUUGCCUAAGCCAAUAACUGGUCGAAAAAAUAAAGCUGCAAUUGAUUAAUAUAUAUAGUAAUUUAUCAAAACAAUUUUGAUCCCUUUUUUCAGGCUGUGGAAUCAUUAGCCACUACACCAAUGGGUAAAUUGGAGGAAGUAAAACAAAGUAGAAGGGAAAAAAUAUCAAAUAUCACAUUUUAUUUCUCUCUGGAUAGAGGCAAUGUACUUAUGCCAGAAAAUACUUCAAUUUAUUUUUUUAACAUAGUCUUGGCUGCCCAAUGGCCAUCUUAAGAAUGUAGGACUGAAAAGGACCAUCUUCCUCAACCUUAGCAUUCACCUAUUUUUUUGUAUAGUCAUAGUUAUGCUUUUGUGAGAUUGGGCACCUUGCAAGUGAAUGUAAUAUUUUGAACAGAUG